UUUAUCGGCCAUUUUAAAGAAUCGUGUGUAGAUGUUUAUUUAAUGCAGCAAAAUACCAUGUUAUAGACAAAGAUUUAUUGUUUUAUAACUAGGCAUUGACUGAAUAGUUAUCUGCACAGCAAUGUCAUCUAAUCAGGAGGGUUUUAUAGCUGACAAAGUAAAGAAAGCAGAAAAGAGAGUAGAGGUAUCACCACAUGACACAGAGGCAUGGAGUGUGCUCAUCAGAGAUGCCCAGAUUAAGUUGAUAGAGCAAGCAAGACCUGUGUAUGAGAGGUUGGUUUCACAGUUCAGCAAUGCUGGUAGAUACUGGAAAAUCUACAUAGAGCAUGAGUUGAAGUCGAAGAAUUAUGAAAGGGUUGAAAAGUUGUUCCAGCGCUGCUUGAUCAAGAUUCUCAAUAUAGACCUAUGGAAGCUGUAUAUAUCAUAUAUCAAAGAUACGAAGGGCAAACUUCCAUCAUACAGGGAAAAGAUGGCUCAAGCUUAUGACUUUGCCCUGGACAAGAUGGGGAUGGACAUCAUGUCUCAUUCUAUAUGGCAUGACUACAUCACAUUCCUCAAGUCUGUUGAUGCAGUAGGAUCGUAUGCAGAGAAUCAACGUAUCACAGCAGUACGGAAGGUGUUUCAGAGAGGUGUUGUCAACCCGAUGAUCAACAUUGAAGCAUUGUGGAAAGAUUAUGGUACAUAUGAAAAUAGUAUAAAUCCACUGAUAGCCAAGAAGAUGAUAGAAGAUAGAGGAAGGGACUACAUGAACGCUAGACGUGUGUCAAAGGAAUACGAGGUUGUUACCAGGGGUCUUAACAGAAACCUCCCUUCUGUCCAUCCCACAAAUUCACCUGAGGAAGCUACACAGGUUGAAUUAUGGAAGAAGUAUAUUGCCUGGGAAAAGAGUAACCCUCUCAGAACAGAAGACCAGGCUCUCAUCACAAAAAGGGUUAUGUUUGCAUAUGAACAGUCACUUCUUUGUUUGGCAUAUCACCCUGAUGUAUGGAUAGAGGCAGCCAACUAUUUAGAACAGUCCAGCAAAAUAUUGACAGAAAAAGGAGACCAGAAUGCUGGUAAGAUGUUUGCUGAUGAAGCAGCUGCUCUGUUUGAGAGAGCAAUCACAACAACAAUGAAAGCAAACAUGCUCAUAUACUUCACCUACGCAGAUUUUGAAGAGAGCCGGAUGAAGUAUGAAAAAGUUCACAGCAUUUAUAAAAGAUGUGUAGCUGUAGAAUCUAUAGACCCAUCACUGGUGUAUAUACAGUAUAUGAAGUUUGCUAGGAGAGCUGAAGGUAUAAAGUCUGCGAGGCAGGUGUUUAAAUUAGCAAGAGAAGAUAAACGUUCCACUUACCAUGUAUUUGUUGCAGCCGCUCUGAUGGAGUACUACUGUAGUAAGGAAAAGACAGUAGCAUUAAAAAUAUUUGAGCUGGGAUUAAAGAAAUUUGGUGAUGUUCCAGAUUAUAUCAGAGCCUAUGUGGACUUCAUGUCCCAUCUAAAUGAGGAUAACAAUACAAGAGUGCUGUUUGAAAGAGUGCUGUCAUCAGGUCAAAUACCUCCAGAAAAAUCAAUAGAUAUAUGGAGUCGUUUUCUUGCCUUUGAAUCGGAGGUUGGUGAUUUAGCUAGUAUACUCAAAGUGGAGAAACGUAGAUCUCAAGCUAUUGAAAAGAUACAAGAAUUUGAGGGUAAAGACACAGCUUUGUUGAUAGAUAGAUACAAAUAUGCAGAUCUUUUCCCUUGUAGUCAGUCGGAGUUAAAGGCUUUAGGGUAUCACGAUUUAAUCAGAAAGCAGGUGGUAGAGUUACCCACUAGUAAAGUCACAAAGAUUGUCAUGGAAGAAGAUGAAAACUUGAAACGUCCAGAAUAUCCGAAACCUGAUACAGAGCAGUGGCUUCCAUUUAAACCUAAAAUCAAUGUUCCGAAAGAUGCCCAUGUGGUUCCUGGCGGUGUUUUCCCUCCUCCAGCACCAGCUGGUGCUUUAAUGAUGAUGAUGCCUCCUCCAGAAUGUUUCCAUGGUCCGUUUGUCAUCAUAGACAAGUUCCUUGAUCAUUUCAGUCAACUGGAAAUUCCUGAUGUUCCAGUGCUAGAGAAUGGAUUAGACACCCCAGUUAAAAUGGAUGCCGGAACUCUCCUGUCCUUAGAGUAUGCCUCGGGUCGGAAACGACGUAUAACUGAAAAUGAAGGGAGUGAUGACGAGGACCGUAGAGUUCUACACUGGUUUCGGAAAGGUUUAAGAUUACACGAUAACCCGGCGCUACGAGCUGCUCUAGAAGGAGCUCAAACUUACCGGUGUGUUUACAUUUUGGACCCAUGGUUUGCAGGUGUAUCACAAGUCGGUGUCAACAGAUGGAGAUUCCUGUUGCAGUGUCUUGAAGAUUUGGAUUCAAGCUUACGGAAAUUGAAUUCCAGGCUCUAUGUUGUGAGAGGACAACCAGCAGAAGUAUUUCCAAGAUUAUUUAAGGAAUGGAAUAUUACAGUUCUUUCUUUUGAGGCGGAUCCAGAGCCUUUUGGCAAAAAUCGUGAUGCAGCAAUUACAGCAAUGGCCAAAGAAGUCGGUGUGGAGGUAGUUAAGAGAUCCUCACAUACAUUAUAUGAUCUUCAAAGAAUAAUUGCAGAAAACAAUGGAAUACCUCCACUCACAUUUAAGAGAUUCCAAGUAGUGUUGUCCCGAAUGAGCUUACCAGAUAAACCAGAAGAGCGAAUAACAUUUGAAACUAUCGGAGAAGCAAAGACUCCAAUUACACUUGACCAUGAUGAACAAUAUGGAGUGCCAUCAUUAGAAGAGCUGGGAUUUGAUACAGCUGAGCUUAACUCAAAAGUUUUUCGUGGUGGGGAGACAGAAGCACUUCAAAGGUUACACAGACAUUUAGAAAGAAAGGCAUGGGUAGCGAGUUUUGAAAAGCCAAAGAUGACAUCACAGUCUUUGUUUCCUAGUCAGACAACAUUGAGUCCAUAUUUGAGGUUUGGUUGUAUCUCAGCGCGACUGUUCUACUGGAAAUUACAAGAACUAUACAGAAAGAUUAAAAAGGACUGUGACCCACCACUUUCAUUACAUGGUCAGUUAUUGUGGCGGGAAUUUUUCUACACAGCAGCGACAGACAAUCCAAAUUUUGACAGAAUGUCGGGUAAUUCAAUCUGUGUACAAGUACCUUGGGACAAAAACCCAGAAGCACUGGCAAAAUGGGCAGAGGGAAAGACAGGUUUUCCUUGGAUCGAUGCAAUCAUGGUGCAGUUAAGGGAAGUAGGCUGGGUGCACCAUCUAGCCCGGCAUGCCAUUGCUUGCUUCUUGACGCGGGGAGACUUAUGGAUAUCAUGGGAAGAGGGAUUCAAGGUAUUUGAUGAGUUAUUGCUGGAUGCUGAUUGGUCAGUGAAUGCUGGAAUGUGGUUAUGGUUGUCAUGCAGCUCAUUUUUCCAACAGUUUCUAAACUGUUACUGUCCUGUUGGUUUUGGAAAACAGGCAGAUCCUACUGGUGACUUUAUCAGGCAUUAUUUACCAGUGUUGAAAGGUUUUCCACCCCAGUAUAUCUAUGAGCCUUGGAAUGCUCCAGAAAGUGUACAGAAAGCUGCCAAGUGUAUAGUGGGCAAGGAUUACCCUGUUCCCAUGGUGAAUCAUGCCGAGGCCAGUAAACUCUGUAUGGAGAGAAUGAAGCAGGUCUAUCAUUCACUCAUCAAAAGAAGAACAAGAGUUACAUUACCGAAGCAGAUUGUGUAUGAUUCGGAUCCAGAUAUGACGGUGGAGGAGAAGCCAACAAGAGGUAACCACCCUUCAAAGGCUGAUGUAAUAACCAACGAGGAAAGCGUAAUGCUGGGGCAGCGAUCUGCAACAUCAGACAGUGAGAGUGAUGGACAAAUCUCUGUGAAGGCAUGACGCAGCAUAUACAAGUGAAUCAGUUAAAGUAGACAUGCUUACUUAAGCAUGAUUAGAAUAUGCUUACCCCCCAGAUUAGGCACAGUGGACAAUAAAAGGAAAUUCUGAACUUAAACAUGAACAAUAAAGUUGAAUUGUGUAUCUACAUACGUGUUUGAGAUACAUUGAUUUUGUCCUGUCUAUCUGUCCAUCAGUCUGACACAAGAGAUUGUCUGUAUUACUCUGAAACUACAGAGGGGAUGUCAACCAACUUUUUAGAAAGAUUCAGUGUGCAGAAUAGUUUGGCAUUUCUUUUGCAUUCUUUGGUUGAUUGAUCUUUUACACAGUUGUAGUCCCUAUGAUGUCAUUCUAUAGAUAAAGUAUGUUGGGACUACUGCUCCUAUACUACUGACUUGAUGUAGAUUGUUUAGUACCAAGCCUAUUUUUAAGGGUUAUUUUCUUUGAUUGAAUUUUUGAACAGUUAGGUGCCUUCGGGGGGAAAAAUGCCAUGUAUCACUAUGUUUACUCAUUAACGCCGUCAUUUCUUCAUCAGUCCUAUAUCCUAGACUGGACAAGUAAGUUGUAAGUUAUGUGCCCUAGAGUUUUCUAAAAAUGCCAUAUUUUACUGUUUUGCAGUCUAGCACCUUCAUUUCUGAACAAAUCCUCAGCCAUGACUUUUUUCUUAAAAUUGUGAACAGUCUUUAACUACUGGAAUUCUUCUUAAAAUUUUCAAGUUUUAGUGUUGUUUUCCCUAGAAUUGUGAAAUAAAAAGCAUGAUAUUGAAACAAUUUUACACUAAAGAUAUUUAGCAUUUGCAUUAUUCUGCAUGUAAAUUUUCUAUGGUUUUGGAUCCACAUAGCUGCAGUACAAGAGUAUUUUGUGUUUUGAAACGGUUUUUGAAUGGUGAAGGAUUUUUGUGUUUAAAAUGAUAUUAUUUGUUGUUAAACUGGCAUAUACAUACAAUUUUUCACUUCUGAAUGUUUGUUUAUGGCAAUUGCAAAACGUCGUAUGAUAAGAGAUAAUCUCAUUGUUACACAUUAAACAACAAUAUAGAAGUUAGAUGUAACAGUGUACAACGAGGAAUUGAUUUUGUUCGAUGUUGCUCACAACAGAUUUGCAGUCAUUCUGCACAUGUCACAAAAUCAUCAGAGUUCACGGCAAAAAUGGCAACUUAUUGUAUGCCCGCACACAUUAAGUGUAUACAUAUUAUAUAUAAUAUGUAUACUAUACUGACUAAAGGUUAAGGUUACCAUAGUUAUAAAAUAUAUAUAUUAAAGAUACUAGUCAUAUACCGAAGUAAUAUAUAUUACAGGCGUUUCAGAUGUUUUUAGUCACUGUCGAUUUUAUUAUCUGCAUGUUGUACUGAUGUAAGGGUGCAUUUAAUUGGACCAUAAGUAGUCCAGAUUCUAGCUUUAGUUGCCAAUUUAGUGAGUGUAUAUAAUAUUUCUUUUACAUGAAGAUAGGUACAAUACUUGAGAACCACUUGACUCAGAACCUUAAAACUAGGUAGCAUGACUAGGGCUUAUGAUGUGGAUGCCAGCUAGAAGUUUUGGGGGUCAGUAGGUCAAAGAUCAAUGUGACACAGGGGCCUGAACGUUGGAAAUGAUUUCCGCCCAAUAACUUAAGAACCACUUGACCCAGAACCUCAGACUACUUCUUGUUGGGUCAGUAGGUCAAAGGUCAAGGUCAAAGGGGCCUGAACCUUGAAAACAGUUUCCAUUCAAUAGAUUGAGAAUAACUCGACCAAGAAUCUUCGAAGUUGAUAGCAUGAUUCGGCUUAUGAAGUAGAUGACCACAAUGGCUUUUGGGUCAGUAGGUCAAAGGUUAAGGUCCCAGUGACCUGAACAUUGAAAACUAUUUCUGCAUGUGAACUUGAGAAUCACUUGACCAAGAACCUUCAAACUUGAUAGCAUGAUAGGCAUAAUGAAAUGGAUGACCCUUUUUGUUUUUGGGGUCAGUAAGUCAAAAGUCAGUGCGACAGCCUAACCUUGAAAACUUAUUCCUCUCGAUAAUUUGAGAAUCACUUGACCAAGUAUCUUCAAAUUUGAUAGCUUGAUUGGGCUUAUGAAGUUGAUGGCUCUUACUUUUUGGGAGGUUAGUAGGUCAAAAGUCAAAGUGAUCACAGGACUGAAAAUGGGACAACCUAUCAUUGGGGGUGGGGGAGCAUACUUGUUUUAUAAACAGCUCUUGUUUUUAAAGAAGGAAACUCGACCAUUUUGUAAAUUGCCUCUUUGAACAUGAUAACCAAGUUAAGGCCAGUCACUGAAUUUUAUACAGCAGUUUUACAUGAUGUACUUUCUUUUCGGUUUGUUUGAAUAUACUAUUGUAUGAUUAUAAAAAUGUGCAUUUAAGCAUAUUGUGUAUUGUCAGUCAGCAAUACCAUGUUAUUGCUUAUGUGUAUUGAUUAUUGUCAGUUUGCAUUACUUUGUUAUUUUUUUACCUGUUUUAAUUAUUGUCAGUCAGCAGGACCCUGCCUCUUUUAACUGCAUCCAUGCUGCCCUUACAAAAUUUAUGACCUUAGAUUUGUUGCUAAAUCCAGCCCUGUCACCUCUCAUUUCUUUGCUAAUUUAAUCGCUAAUAUCAGCUCUGUAAAUAAAACUUGCAUGGUAUAUAUGAAGUGCAUGUAUCAUUUUUUUUUUGCAAGUUUUUAAUUACAAUAAAAUUGAAAUUAACAGACCAUUGUAUGGUUUAUAUCAAUGCAGCCUGAUCAUUUUACAAAAUCACCUGAAAAUAUAUUUUGAAAGCAAGAACAAGUUAAGAAUGUCCAUUUACAUUUGGUGUUACACCCAUCGUUGUAUGCAUUAUUUCCAUUAUUCCUUCAAAUAGGCUGACUGACAGCAUAAUUUUUUAUGAUAAGUAAUUUGCUCUGAAAAUCAGUAAAAACUCUAAAUGCUAUUCCUCUACCUUGCCAUAACUGAAUAUUGCGAUUUUCAGAUGAUAUUUCAAAAGUGUACACAUACUAGAAUCUGGAUAUUGCAUUUUUGGUAAGAAAUUAAGUUUAAAAAAUAGUCUGCCACUUUUCUUUAAAUUAAAUAUUGAGGACAGACAUUCUUUUUGUAUGGCUGGAUAGACUAGUUCACAUAUCACAAUAGUUGUUGUUGUUAAUCUUCUUUUAACCGCAAGGUCAUGGUGAUGACUGACGCCAAUGAACACAUGUACUGUUGUUGUUAAGUUGGUACUGUAUUCUCAAGGUACUUUUACUCAUGUUACUUAUAUGAUAGCUUGAAUUUUUGAGUAUUGGUUGAUGCUGAACCAGACCUUUUGUAUUAUAAUAUAACAUGGUCUUGGUUCCAGCACCCUCCUUUUUUUUUUCAUACGGGUAUUUAUAUGAUAAAACUUAAAAUUCAUUAUAUAAAUGUCAAAAAAAUGCUACCAGUGUUAGGAUACCCUUCCUAUAUAAAAAAAGGACUCUGCCCCUUUAAAACAGCUCUUUUGAUGCCCCGUGCAAAUUCUAUUGAACUGUUGGUUUGUCUGUAUGUCAGUCUGUAUAAACCAGAUUGCCUACAGUCAAAAUUAAUGACCCGAUUUUGUUCAUACCUGCAUUUAAUAAUCCUUGAGGCAAGACGUAAAAACCGAUCCAUAUAUGAAUGACCUUGACCCCCAUAUGACCUUCACCUUUAAACUUAAAACCUUAAUAACAUUUUUGGUGCUAAGGCCCACAUAAAUGACCGAGUUUAGUUCAUAAUGACACUCAAGAAACCUUGUUACAAGAUCUGCAAACUGACUUUCAUAUGAUCGUCACCUUUAAACUUAAAACCUCAAAAACAAACAUCAUUGGUCAUACACCUGGGAACAUGAUUUUGUGUUUUGAAACACAGCUCCUUCUAGAAAUAACACUAAAUAAAGUAUUUGAAAUAGAUUCAUGAAACAUUAUGGAUUAUUGUUAACCAUGUGAAGUUGUGCACCUAGGGUUUUAUUCGGGACUUUCCGCUCCUCCAUCCCUGCACACAAGUACAUACACACACAUAGAGAAAAAAGUACGCCCAGUUUAUUUGAUACACAGAGAAAAAAAGUACUCUCAGUUUAUUUGAUUUUGUGUUUCUUGAUGAUGCUAUGAAGUAUACUUACCCCCAUGUGUUAUCACAUCCCCAACACAAGGUAAUGUAUUUAAUGUUGCAUUAUAAAUAUUAUAUAACCAUGUAGCAUCAGAAAGUGAGGGCCCCAGUGUUCAGUGGACACACAUCUAAUUUAUGUGAAUUGAUUACUGCUAGUCAGCAGUACCAUGCUAUUGUUUAUGUCUCCAAAUAUUAUAUUUUCAAUUCUACCAAGUCCAUUCAUUGUUAAAAAAUAUAAAUAAAACAAAAAGUAUUUAUUGAAAAUCUGAGCUGUAUUUAUUUUUGAAUAUUUUCUGAAUUUAUUUAUUUCCUGAUAGUAGACUAGAAAAAGCUACAUUUGUCAAGCUGUACAAAUUAGAUUGAAAAUAAUGGGAAUUACAGUUAUUUAUAUCAUAUUGUUGUAAAUUGUUAUAUAAAUUAUUAUAUUUUUAGUAUUUCUCACUUGUGAUUUUUUGUUGAUAGUCAAUACUUCUGCUCUAAAAUAGAGCCUUUCAGUGUACAACACCAGCCCUGUGCAUAAUUUUAGACACAUUUAUGAAAUAUUCAAGUGUUAUUUGGGAUCUGCGUACCAGAGAUGUGUACUGUAUGGUCUAGAAGCUUCUCUUAUUUAGAUUUAUUACUCCCAGUUCCUCAGAAAACAGCUUGCCACAUCAUUUCAUUAUUAUUGAAAGAAGGGCAAACUAAAAAUGGAUUUUGUAUCGGAGUCAUUGUCCAAACAUUUAUAAUGCUGGAGGAAUUAUCUAUCAAAAUUGGAACAAAAAUAUGGUAGUUUGAAAGUUACGAAAAAGGCUUACGUUACAGUUCUCCGAGUUGCAGAUAUAAAGCAUGGUAGAUUCGACUCGUUUUUGAGAAAUUAGUCAUAUUGAACUGUGUCUGUGUUGUCAUAUGUUAUGUAAAGUACAUCCUGUGUGUGAAAUAAUGUCAUCUUUGAAAGGCCCCUUUCACACCUGGCAUUCAAGAUUACACACAGGAUGAAACCAGAAUACUGUGAAAUCAUUAGUAUUCAUGAGGGACUGAUUUUCGUAGAUUUUGUUGUUGACUCAAUCCAUGGAAUUGAAUCACAAUAAACAAGUAAAAUUCUUAUUCAUUUUAUGUAAAGAAGUUGAAAUCCACAAAUUCAUAUCGCCACAAAAAAGAUUCAGGCAAUAUCACAAAAUGUUAUGCCCACGAAUUAAAUAAUUUCACAGUAGUGAUUUUAAAUUAAAGAGUGUGUUAAUCACCAAUAUCUCCUGUACAUACCAUGAAAAUCACACCAAUUGUGUAACGUGUUUAAUAAUCCCUCCUAGACCCACCAGGUCAGGGUCAGAAUACAUGUAUUUUACCUUCUUCAAUUAAAUAAAAUUUUAAACAUGUUAUAACGAAGUUCUUUCUGAAAUGAGUAAUGUGUAAAUGGUAAAGACGUCUGGCCAUCUAGAAUAUUUCUAGAAGAUUCUGAUUCUAAAAUGCAGAUUCAGGAAUGUAUUAUUUUUAAUUGAUACACACAUUUGUUGUAUUGUAAAAUUCAUUUAAUAUUUCAGUAAAAUUGCCAUCCCUGAAUUAAACAUUACAGUUAGUCUAAUAGACCCUUUGAGCAAUUUGCAAAUGUUAAUUCCAGUUCCAAAUUUACCAAAUAAAUAGUGUUAAAGAGCUAAGGAAGAUACCGUAUGGAAUGAAACUGAAAAAAAAAAGGUACUUAAAGUUCUCAUUGUCAAACCAAAAAGUGUUUUGAAGUUAUUUGGUCAUUAAUUACUUGGCAAUAAAAUGAUUACUUUGACUAAACAAAACAAACUAAAUUUUGUCAGAUUUUCCGGAAAUAAAUGUCAAAAGAGCUAUAUUCUUGGGUAAUUGACUAAAAAAAGUUGAGAUUUUCGCAUUUUGUAUUAACAAAAUUAAUACUGUUCAAAGUGGUAUAUUCAGUGCAAACACCAGACAGUAGAUACAUCUGGGCAUAUAUUAUGGAUGGGACAUUGACUAAAAUGUUCAAAACAAAAUCUCUUUUUGAGUAAAAUAUAUCCUUUUGAUUUAGAAAGCUAAAUGACACCUAUUUUUCACGUCAUUGUGCCAUUCCCUGAAAUAAAGCACUGCAUAGUCUGCUCAAUGUGAUUUAAAAUCUUUUUGCUCAGAUAUUUAUGAAACUUCUUUUAACAAUUAAAUGAUAAAUGCUCAAAAUUGUGCCUUUGACAUACUUGUUACAUGUAUAUUUAUUGCAUCUAAAGAUAUCACUUCUGCUAAUCUGAUCACAGAAAAUAAUGGAAUCUCUGUAUCGAUGUUUGAAUUAAAUGCCUGUUAACAACUUAAAAUUCUUGUUUAUAAUUUCAUUACAGUUUGUACAGAAUGUGAAAAGGAAUGACCUAAACUGAACUGUUGUAAAGGUACCUCAUUUUUGUAACAUUUUCUUGUUUCCUUUACAAAAGGAAUAACAUAUUUGCUACAGAAAUAAGAAACACUAUUGUGAUUUUAAAGUUAAUGUGCUGUAAUUUGUAUAUGGAUUGUGCUGUAACUUGUAUAUAGAUUUAUAUUAACAGGUGCUUGAGUUUUUGGCCUUUGUAUAGUCGGGAUUGUUAAGGAUCCGUUCUUUUCUAGAAGGCCAUUUUGUAGUAAUCACUCACCUCUCCAUCUCUGAAUAUCUUGUCAGGGUUUUAGCUUUGUUUACCAUAUUUAAAUGUAUAAACUUAAAAUAGAAAAAAAAAACACAUUACAACAUCGUAAGAAAUAUUUAAAGAAAUGGUUUUCUAUCAUCCGGUUCAAAAGGGGUUUGUCUACUACAAGGUCUUUGUCCAUCGUCAAGGUCACAAGGGUUUAUUCUAUCAUCAAGGUUAAUAGGCAUUUGUUUGUCAUCAGGGUCCAAGGGGCCAACAUUGAAGUUUUGGAGAGGAUGGGGUUGUCUGUUAUGUAUCUUGUUAUAUUUGUAUGACAUGCUCUCAAAAAGGAAGCUUUUUAUAUAUAAUUUACCUCUUACAAAAAACAAUUUAAAAGCUGUUCAAAGGCCAGAAUUUCAAGCUUUUAUUUUGUGAUGAUUUGUUAUUGUUAUGGUAAUUGUUUCCAAUACAUUUUCAUUGUAAAUAUCAUAAAAUGAUCAUCUGUCAAAUAAAAAUAAAGAUAUUCUUUA